AAGCUAGUCUCCGCCGUCGCCAGAGCCGCAACCUCCCCGCACCCGGCCCGUCCGGGCCUCUGCCGCGCGGAGCCCCUCCCCGCCUCGUUCAGAUCACAGGCCUCGCGGGAGGCGGCCGCCUCAGCGCCCGGUGCUUUGCUUGGCGCCGGGAGCGAGGAGCAAGCCGCCGCAAAGCGACCAGGCCCGGAGCGGGGACAGAGGCGGCGACCAGUGGAAGGUGAAGCCGCCACUGCGGGAGGAGGAGCAGGAGGAGGUGACGCAGGAGAAACGCACCGCCCGGAGCCCGUCUGCGCUCAGAGAGAGCCCCAGCCCGAGGCGAGAAGGGGGAAGAGGGCCGCCGCCGGCUGAGGAGGAGGAGGAGGCGGCCGCGGCCACAGCUGCUGCAGGGCGGGCGCGGCGAGCAGCGAAUUCCGGCGUCGCUGUGCAGCCCCCUGAUCCCUACGCCUGCAGCCUCUCGACACACUUUGUCGCCUGUCACCCUUGGGCCUGGGAUGCACCCACGGUCGGCCUUGUCCCGGGACUGAGCCUUGCUGCCGCUUCCGUGUGUCCUGCUUCUGAAGAGAAGACGCCUGUGUCGUGCGGCUCUUGAAAUAAAUUUUCUGACAUCUCAAGAAGACGAGAGAUCUUAUGAAUGUCUCCUGAAAGAUAAUUUUUCUGAUAUGAUAUUAAUAAUGCUGCUUAGUUUUUGAAAAUGGAUGUUUCUCAUGAAUUUGCUAGUCAUCAAGCUCUUGAUUAGUUGGACACAGCAAGCAUUCUUUUAGCUUAUUUUUUGUUUUAUAAGGUCAAUUUUAAAACAUUGUUUUUGUACUUAAGUUUCAGAAUUUUAAUAUUGAACCAAACUUUGUUUAAAUCAGGUUAUAUUUCCCCUAUUGGUGGUAUGUUUUCUGAAUCUUGAAAUUUUUUUCCUCAAAAAUUGGAUAACAGGGUUUUAGUUUCCAUUUAGUUCUUUGAGGAUCUGUAUCUUUGAAAGGUUAUGCAAUGGUCUCUGCAAGAUGGUUUAUUCUUGAAUUGGAGCUUUUUAAGACUGACAAAUGCUGGUACUUCAUCUUCUAUAAGUGGACUAUAAUUUCUUUUUUCAAGACAACUACAUAAGCAGACAAAAUUGCAAAGAUCUGCCCUGUGUCGAGUAUGACAGCCACGACUCGUGGCUCUCCAGUAGGAGGGAAUGACAGCCAGGGCCAGGCUCCUGAUGGACAGUCUCAACCCCCCCUCCAACAGAAUCAGACUUCAUCGCCUGAUUCUUCCAAUGAAAAUUCCCCGGCAACUCCCCCAGAUGAACAAGGUCAAGUUGAUGCCCCACCACAGCUUGAAGAUGAGGAACCUGCAUUUCCACAUACUGACCUGGCAAAGUUGGAUGACAUGAUCAAUAGGCCUCGAUGGGUGGUUCCAGUUUUGCCGAAAGGGGAAUUAGAAGUGCUUUUAGAAGCUGCUAUUGAUCUUAGUAAAAAAGGCCUUGAUGUUAAAAGUGAAGCAUGUCAGCGAUUUUUUCGAGAUGGGCUAACAAUAUCUUUCACUAAAAUCCUUACAGACGAGGCAGUGAGUGGCUGGAAGUUUGAAAUUCAUAGGUGUAUUAUCAACAAUACUCAUCGCCUGGUGGAGCUAUGUGUAGCCAAGUUGUCCCAAGACUGGUUUCCACUUCUAGAACUUCUCUCCAUGGCCUUAAAUCCUCAUUGCAAAUUCCAUAUCUACAAUGGUACACGUCCAUGUGAAUCCGUUUCCUCAAAUGUUCAGUUGCCUGAAGAUGAACUCUUUGCUCGUUCUCCAGACCCUCGAUCACCAAAAGGUUGGCUCGUGGAUCUUCUCAACAAAUUCGGCACUUUAAAUGGGUUUCAGAUUUUGCAUGAUCGUUUUAUUAAUGGAUCAGCAUUAAAUGUUCAAAUAAUUGCAGCCCUUAUUAAACCAUUUGGACAAUGCUAUGAGUUUCUCACUCUUCAUACGGUGAAAAAGUACUUCCUUCCAGUAAUAGAAAUGGUUCCACAGUUUUUAGAAAACUUAACUGAUGAAGAACUGAAAAAAGAAGCAAAGAAUGAAGCCAAAAAUGAUGCUCUUUCAAUGAUUAUUAAAUCUUUGAAAAAUUUAGCUUCAAGGGUUCCAGGACAAGAAGAAACUGUAAAAAAUUUAGAAAUAUUUAGGUUAAAAAUGAUACUUAGAUUAUUGCAAAUUUCUUCUUUUAAUGGAAAGAUGAAUGCACUUAAUGAAGUUAAUAAGGUGAUAUCUAGUGUAUCAUACUACACUCAUCGGCAUGGUAACCCUGAGGAGGAAGAAUGGCUCACAGCUGAACGAAUGGCAGAGUGGAUACAGCAGAACAAUAUUUUAUCCAUAGUCUUGCGAGACAGUCUUCAUCAACCACAGUAUGUAGAAAAGCUAGAGAAGAUUCUUCGUUUUGUCAUCAAAGAAAAGGCCCUGACCUUACAAGAUCUUGAUAAUAUCUGGGCAGCGCAGGCGGGGAAGCAUGAAGCCAUUGUGAAGAAUGUACAUGAUCUACUGGCAAAGUUGGCAUGGGAUUUUUCUCCUGAGCAACUUGAUCAUCUUUUUGAUUGCUUUAAGGCCAGUUGGACAAAUGCAAGUAAAAAGCAGCGAGAAAAGCUACUUGAGCUGAUACGUCGUCUUGCAGAAGAUGAUAAAGAUGGUGUGAUGGCACACAAAGUGUUGAACCUCCUGUGGAAUCUGGCCCAUAGUGAUGAUGUGCCUGUAGACAUCAUGGACCUGGCUCUCAGUGCCCACAUAAAAAUACUAGAUUAUAGUUGCUCCCAGGACCGUGACACACAGAAGAUACAAUGGAUAGAUCGCUUUAUAGAAGAACUUCGUACAAAUGACAAAUGGGUAAUUCCUGCAUUGAAACAAAUAAGAGAAAUUUGUAGUUUGUUUGGCGAAGCACCUCAAAAUUUGAGUUCUUCUCGUUUCAGUCAAACUCAGCGAAGUCCCCAUGUAUUCUAUCGCCAUGACUUAAUCAAUCAACUUCAGCACAAUCAUGCCCUAGUUACUUUGGUAGCAGAAAACCUUGCAACUUACAUGGAAAGCAUGAGACUAUAUGCUAGAGACCAUGAAGACUAUGACCCACAAACUGUGAGGCUGGGAAGUAGAUAUAGUCAUGUUCAAGAAGUCCAAGAACGGCUUAACUUCCUUAGAUUUUUAUUGAAGGAUGGCCAACUGUGGCUCUGCGCUCCUCAGGCAAAACAAAUAUGGAAAUGCUUAGCAGAGAACGCAGUUUACCUUUGUGAUCGUGAAGCCUGUUUUAAGUGGUAUUCCAAGUUGAUGGGCGAUGAACCAGACUUGGAUCCUGAUAUUAAUAAGGACUUCUUUGAAAGCAAUGUACUUCAGCUUGAUCCUUCUCUACUGACUGAAAAUGGAAUGAAAUGUUUUGAGCGAUUCUUCAAAGCUGUGAAUUGUCGAGAAGGAAAACUAGUAGCAAAAAGGAGAGCAUAUAUGAUGGAUGAUUUGGAGUUAAUAGGAUUAGACUACCUUUGGAGGGUGGUGAUUCAGAGUAAUGAUGAUAUUGCCAGCAGAGCUAUAGAUCUCCUUAAAGAGAUAUACACGAACCUUGGUCCAAGGCUACAGGUCAAUCAGGUGGUAAUCCAUGAAGACUUCAUUCAGUCUUGCUUUGAUCGUUUGAAAGCCUCCUAUGACACACUGUGUGUUUUGGAUGGUGACAAAGACAGUAUUAAUUGUGCAAGACAGGAAGCUGUUCGAAUGGUUCGAGUAUUAACUGUGUUACGGGAGUAUAUAAAUGAAUGUGACAGUGAUUAUCAUGAGGAAAGAACAAUUCUACCUAUGUCAAGAGCUUUCCGUGGUAAACACCUUUCUUUUAUAGUUCGAUUUCCAAACCAGGGCAGACAGGUUGAUGACUUGGACGUAUGGUCUCAUACAAAUGAUACAAUCGGUUCAGUACGACGAUGUAUUCUCAAUCGUAUCAAAGCCAAUGUAGCUCAUACAAAAAUUGAGCUCUUUGUAGGCGGUGAACUGAUAGAUCCUGCAGAUGAUAGAAAGUUGAUUGGACAGUUAAACUUAAAGGAUAAAUCGCUAAUUACAGCCAAACUUACACAAAUAAGUUCCAAUAUGCCUUCAAGCCCUGAUAGUUCUUCUGAUUCCUCAACUGGAUCUCCUGGAAACCAUGGUAAUCAUUACAGUGAUGGUCCCAAUCCAGAAGUGGAAAGCUGCUUGCCCGGGGUGAUAAUGUCACUGCAUCCCAGAUACAUCUCUUUCCUUUGGCAAGUUGCAGACUUGGGUAGCAGCCUAAAUAUGCCACCUCUUAGAGAUGGAGCAAGAGUACUUAUGAAACUUAUGCCACCAGAUAGCACAACAAUAGAAAAAUUAAGAGCUAUUUGUUUAGACCACGCCAAACUUGGAGAAAGCAGCCUUAGUCCAUCUCUUGACUCGCUUUUCUUUGGUCCUUCAGCUUCACAAGUGCUCUACCUAACAGAGGUAGUCUAUGCCUUGUUAAUGCCUGCUGGUGCACCUCUGGCUGAUGAUUCCUCUGAUUUUCAAUUUCACUUCUUGAAAAGUGGUGGCCUACCCCUUGUCCUGAGUAUGCUAACCAGAAAUAACUUCCUACCAAAUGCAGAUAUGGAAACUCGAAGGGGUGCCUACCUCAAUGCUCUUAAAAUAGCCAAGCUGUUGCUAACUGCCAUUGGCUAUGGCCACGUUCGAGCUGUGGCGGAAGCUUGUCAGCCAGGUGUGGAAGGCGUGAAUCCCAUGGCGUCGAUCAACCAAGUUACUCAUGAUCAAGCAGUGGUGCUACAAAGUGCCCUUCAGAGCAUUCCUAAUCCGUCAUCUGAAUGCAUGCUUAGAAAUGUGUCAAUUCGUCUUGCUCAGCAAAUAUCUGAUGAGGCUUCAAGAUAUAUGCCUGAUAUUUGUGUAAUUAGAGCUAUACAAAAAAUUAUCUGGGCAUCAGGAUGUGGGGCAUUACAGCUAGUAUUUAGCCCAAAUGAAGAAAUCACUAAAAUUUAUGAGAAGACCAAUGCAGGCAGUGAGCCAGAUUUGGAAGAUGAACAGGUUUGCUGUGAAGCAUUGGAGGUGAUGACGUUAUGUUUUGCCUUGAUUCCGACAGCCUUAGAUGCUCUUAGUAAAGAAAAGGCUUGGCAGACAUUCAUUAUUGAUUUACUGUUGCACUGUCACAGCAAAACUGUUCGCCAGGUGGCACAGGAGCAGUUCUUUUUAAUGUGCACCAGAUGUUGCAUGGGACACAGGCCUUUACUUUUCUUCAUUACUCUGCUCUUCACCGUUUUGGGGAGCACAGCCAGAGAGAGAGCUAAACAUUCAGGCGACUACUUUACUCUUUUAAGGCACCUUCUUAAUUAUGCUUACAAUAGUAAUAUUAAUAUACCCAAUGCUGAAGUUCUUCUCAAUAAUGAAAUUGAUUGGCUUAAAAGAAUUAGGGAUGAUGUUAAAAGAACAGGUGAAACGGGUGUUGAAGAGACAAUCUUGGAAGGCCACCUUGGGGUAACAAAAGAGUUACUGGCCUUUCAAACCCCUGAGAAAAAAUAUCAUAUUGGUUGUGAAAAAGGAGGUGCUAAUCUCAUUAAGGAAUUAAUUGAUGAUUUCAUCUUCCCUGCAUCCAAUGUUUACCUACAGUAUAUGAGAAAUGGAGAGCUGCCAGCUGAACAGGCUAUUCCAGUCUGUAGUUCACCAGCUACCAUUAAUGCAGGCUUUGAGUUACUUGUAGCAUUAGCUGUCGGCUGUGUGAGGAACCUCAAACAGAUAGUAGAUUCUUUGACUGAAAUGUACUACAUUGGCACAGCAAUAACUACUUGUGAAGCACUUACUGAGUGGGAAUAUCUGCCACCUGUUGGACCCCGCCCACCAAAAGGAUUUGUGGGGCUGAAAAACGCUGGUGCUACUUGUUAUAUGAAUUCUGUGAUUCAGCAACUCUACAUGAUUCCGUCCAUUAGGAAUGGUAUUCUUGCAAUUGAAGGCACAGGUAGUGAUGUAGAUGAUGAUAUGUCUGGGGAUGAGAAGCAGGACAACGAGAGCAAUGUUGAUCCCAGAGAUGAUGUAUUUGGAUACCCUCAACAAUUUGAAGAGAAACCAGCAUUAAGUAAAACAGAAGAUAGGAAAGAGUACAAUAUUGGUGUUCUAAGACACCUUCAGGUCAUCUUUGGUCAUUUAGCUGCUUCUCGACUACAGUACUAUGUGCCCAGAGGAUUUUGGAAACAGUUCAGGCUUUGGGGUGAGCCUGUUAAUCUUCGUGAACAACAUGAUGCUUUAGAAUUUUUUAAUUCAUUGGUGGAUAGUUUAGAUGAAGCUUUGAAAGCCUUAGGACACCCAGCUAUGCUAAGUAAAGUUUUAGGAGGUUCCUUUGCUGAUCAGAAGAUUUGCCAAGGCUGCCCACAUAGAUACGAGUGUGAAGAAUCUUUUACGACUUUGAAUGUAGACAUUAGAAAUCACCAAAAUCUUCUUGAUUCUUUGGAACAAUAUGUCAAAGGAGAUUUAUUAGAAGGUGCAAAUGCUUAUCAUUGUGAAAAAUGCAAUAAAAAGGUUGAUACUGUAAAGCGCUUGCUUAUUAAAAAAUUACCUCCUGUUCUCGCUAUCCAACUAAAACGAUUCGACUAUGACUGGGAAAGAGAAUGUGCAAUCAAGUUUAAUGAUUACUUUGAAUUUCCUCGCGAACUGGACAUGGAACCUUACACAGUUGCCGGUGUUGCAAAGCUGGAAGGAGAUAACGUAAACCCAGAGAGUCAGUUGAUACAACAAAAUGAGCAGUCUGACAGUGAGGCAGCAGGAAGCACGAAAUACAGACUUGUGGGGGUGCUUGUACACAGCGGUCAGGCGAGCGGGGGACAUUACUACUCUUACAUCAUUCAAAGGAAUGGAGGAGAUGGCGAGAGAAAUCGCUGGUAUAAAUUUGAUGAUGGAGAUGUAACUGAAUGUAAAAUGGAUGAUGAUGAAGAAAUGAAAAACCAGUGUUUUGGUGGAGAGUACAUGGGAGAAGUAUUCGAUCACAUGAUGAAGCGCAUGUCAUACAGGCGCCAGAAAAGGUGGUGGAAUGCUUAUAUACUUUUUUAUGAACGAUUGGACACAAUAGACCAAGGUGAUGAGUUGAUAAGGUAUAUAUCAGAGCUUGCUAUCACCACAAGACCCCAUCAGAUUAUUAUGCCAUCAGCCAUUGAGAGAAGUGUACGGAAACAGAAUGUGCAAUUCAUGCAUAACCGAAUGCAGUACAGUAUGGAAUAUUUUCAGUUUAUGAAAAAACUGCUUACAUGUAAUGGUGUUUACUUAAAUCCUCCUCCAGGGCAAGAUCACCUGUUGCCUGAAGCAGAAGAAAUCACUAUGAUUAGUAUUCAGCUUGCUGCUAGGUUCCUCUUUACCACAGGAUUUCACACCAAGAAAGUCGUCCGUGGCUCUGCCAGUGAUUGGUAUGAUGCAUUAUGUAUUCUCCUUCGUCACAGCAAGAAUGUACGUUUUUGGUUUGCUCACAAUGUCCUUUUUAAUGUUUCAAAUCGUUUCUCUGAAUACCUUCUGGAGUGCCCUAGUGCAGAAGUGAGAGGUGCAUUUGCAAAACUUAUAGUUUUUAUUGCACAUUUUUCCUUGCAAGAUGGGCCAUGUCCUUCACCUUUUGCAUCUCCAGGACCUUCUAGUCAGGCUUAUGACAACUUAAGCCUGAGUGAUCACUUACUAAGAGCAGUACUAAAUCUACUGAGAAGAGAAGUUUCAGAGCAUGGGCGUCAUUUACAGCAGUAUUUCAACCUGUUUGUAAUGUAUGCCAAUUUAGGUGUGGCGGAGAAGACACAGCUUCUGAAAUUGAGUGUACCUGCUACCUUUAUGCUUGUGUCUUUAGAUGAAGGUCCAGGUCCUCCAAUCAAGUAUCAGUAUGCUGAAUUAGGCAAAUUAUACUCAGUAGUGUCACAGCUAAUCCGAUGCUGCAAUGUCUCAUCAAGAAUGCAGUCUUCAAUCAACGGUAAUCCUCCUCUUCCCAAUCCUUUUGGUGAUCCUAAUUUAUCACAACCUAUAAUGCCAAUUCAGCAGAAUGUGGCAGACAUUUUAUUUGUGAGGACAAGUUAUGUGAAGAAAAUCAUUGAGGACUGCAGUAACUCAGAGGAAACCGUCAAAUUGCUUCGUUUUUGCUGCUGGGAGAAUCCUCAGUUCUCAUCUACUGUCCUCAGUGAACUUCUCUGGCAGGUUGCAUAUUCCUAUACUUAUGAACUCCGGCCCUAUUUGGAUCUGCUUUUGCAGAUCUUACUGAUUGAGGACUCCUGGCAGACUCACAGAAUUCAUAAUGCACUUAAAGGAAUCCCAGAUGACCGAGAUGGGCUCUUUGACACAAUCCAGCGCUCUAAGAAUCACUAUCAAAAAAGGGCAUACCAGUGUAUAAAAUGUAUGGUAGCUCUCUUUAGCAAUUGUCCUGUUGCUUACCAGAUUCUGCAGGGCAAUGGAGAUCUUAAAAGAAAGUGGACCUGGGCAGUGGAAUGGCUUGGAGAUGAACUUGAAAGACGACCAUACACUGGCAAUCCUCAGUACACUUACAACAAUUGGUCUCCUCCGGUGCAAAGCAAUGAAACAUCAAAUGGUUAUUUCUUGGAGAGAUCACAUAGUGCUAGGAUGACACUUGCAAAAGCUUGUGAACUCUGUCCAGAGGAGGAGCCAGAUGACCAAGAUGCCCCAGAUGAGCAUGAGUCGCCUCCACCUGAAGAUGCCCCAUUAUACCCCCAUUCACCUGGAUCUCAGUAUCAGCAGAAUAACCAUGUGCAUGGACAGCCGUAUACAGGCCCAGCAGCACAUCACAUGAACAACCCUCAGAGAACUGGCCAACGAGCACAAGAAAAUUAUGAAGGCAGUGAAGAAGUAGCCCCACCUCAGACGAAGGAUCAGUGAAAUGCACAUGAUUAACUGGUUCCAUCAAGACUGUGCACCCAGGCCUUACAGUCCAACCUUUUUCUGUGUCUGGCUAAUAUUUAAAACUAGAAAAACUAUUCCUAAUCAACAUGGAGUGGAAAGUUUAUUCACUGUCUUACCUGCAGAAAUUUGCUGUCAAUAUAUAACCCGCCUGCAGUGGAAAGUGUAUAGUGUUUUGUAAUAAAUGGCCUGAUGCUAAUGUGUAAAUGGCAAAGGUGUAUAUAGUAUAUUAAUGUUUGACUGUUAAUUCUUAAGCAAGAAACUUUUUUCUUGAUGAGACUCACAGAUCUACAAAACCUACAAAAGUUAUUUCCUUGUUAUACCCAUUGCACUCUGCAACCAGUGUUGCCUGCCUUAACGGCAGUUGGAUCAACUCCUUUACAAAAA